AUGACCCCAGACUAUUCAUCAGAAGACAUCCUGAAGUUUGCCCACAAGCCAAAAUAUCAAGCAUUUAAUGAUCAGAGUGCAUUUAAUGAUCAGAGUGCAUUUAAUGAUCAGAGUGCAUUUAAUGAUCAGCAUGCAUUUAAUGAUCAGAGUGCAUUUAAUGAUCAGAGUGCAUUUAAUGAUCAGCAUGCAUUUAAUGAUCAGAGUGCAUUUAAUGAUCAGAGUGCAUUUAAUGAUCAGCAAGCAUUUAAUGAUCAGAGUGCAUUUAAUGAUCAGAGUGCAUUUAAUGAUCAUGCAUUUAAUGAUCAGCGUGCAUUUAAUGAUCAGAGUGCAUUUAAUGAUCAGCGUGCAUUUAAUGAUCAGCGUGCAUUUAAUGAUCAAAGUGCAUUUAAUGAUCAGCAUGCAUUUAAUGAUCAACACGGAUUUAAUGAUCAGAGUACAUUUAAUGAUCAGAGUGCAUUUAAUGAUCAGAGUGCAUUUAAUGAUCAGAGUGCAUUUAAUGAUCAGCAUGCAUUUAAUGAUCAGACUGCAUUUAAUGAUCAGAGUGCAUUUAAUGAUCAGCAUGCAUUUAAUGAUCAGCACGGAUUUAAUGAUCAGAGUACAUUUAAUGAUCAGAGGGCAUUUAAUGAUCAGAGUGCAUUUAAUGAUCAGCAUGCAUUUAAUGAUCAGAGUGCAUUUAAUGAUCAGCGUGCAUUUAAUGAUCAGAGUGCAUUUAAUGAUCAGCGUGCAUUUAAUGAUCAGAGUGCAUUUAAUGAUCAGCAUGCAUUUAAUGAUCAGAGUGCAUUUAAUGAUCAGCAUGCAUUUAAUGAUCAGAGUGCAUUUAAUGAUCAGCGUGCAUUUAAUGAUCAGCAAGCAUUUAAUGAUCAGAGUGCAUUUAAUGAUCAGCAUGCAUUUAAUGAUCAGAGUGCAUUUAAUGAUCAGCAAGCAUUUAAUGAUCAGAGUGCAUUUAAUGAUCAGCAUGCAUUUAAUGAUCAGAGUGCAUUUAAUGAUCAGCAUGGAUUUAAUGAUCAGAGUGCAUUUAAUGAUCAGCGUGCAUUUAAUGAUCAGCGUGCAUUUAAUGAUCAGAGUGCAUUUAAUGAUCAGCGUGCAUUUAAUGAUCAGCAUGCAUUUAAUGAUCAGAGUACAUUUAAUGAUCAGAGUGCAUUUAAUGAUCAGCAUGCAUUUAAUGAUCAGAGUGCAUUUAAUGAUCAGCAAGCAUUUAAUGAUCAGAGUGCAUUUAAUGAUCAGCAUGCAUUUAAUGAUCAGAGUGCAUUUAAUGAUCAGCAUGGAUUUAAUGAUCAGAGUGCAUUUAAUGAUCAGCAUGGAUUUAAUGAUCAGAGUGCAUUUAAUGAUCAGCAUGCAUUUAAUGAUCAGCGUGCAUUUAAUGAUCAGAGUGCAUUUAAUGAUCAGCAUGCAUUUAAUGAUCAGAGUGCAUUUAAUGAUCAGCAAGCAUUUAAUGAUCAGAGUGGAUUUAAUGAUCAGCAUGGAUUUAAUGAUCAGAGUGUAUUUAAUGAUCAACGUGCAUUUAAUGAUCAGCGUGCAUUUAAUGAUCAGCAUGCAUUUAAUGAUCAGUGUGCAUUUAAUGAUCAGCACGCAUUUAAUGAUCAGCAUGCAUUUAAUGCUCAGCAUGCAUUUAAUGAUCAGCGUGCAUUUAAUGAUCAGAGUGCAUUUAAUGCUCAGCAUGCAUUUAAUGAUCAGCGUGCAUUUAAUGAUCAGCAUGCAUUUAAUGAUCAGCGUGCAUUUAAUGAUCAGCACGCAUUUAAUGAUCAGCAUGCAUUUAAUGCUCAGCAUGCAUUUAAUGAUCAGCGUGCAUUUAAUGAUCAGCGUGCAUUUAAUGAUCAGAGUGCAUUUAAUGCUCAGCAUGCAUUUAAUGAUCAGCGUGCAUUUAAUGAUCAGAGAGCAUUUAAUGAUCAACGUGCAUUUAAUGAUCAGAGUGCAUUUAAUGAUCAGCAUGCAUUUAAUGAUCAGCGUGCAUUUAAUGAUCAGCACGCAUUUAAUGCUCAGCAUGCAUUUAAUGCUCAGCAUGCAUUUAAUGAUCAGCGUGCAUUUAAUGAUCAGCAUGCAUUUAAUGAUCAGCGUGCAUUUAAUGAUCAGAGUGCAUUUAAUGAUCAGCAAGCAUUUAAUGAUCAGCAUGCAUUUAAUGAUCAGCGUGCAUUUAAUGAUCAGCAUGCAUUUAAUGAUCAGCGUGCAUUUAAUGAACAGCGUGCAUUUAAUGAUCAGCAUGCAUUUAAUGAUCAGCAUGCAUUUAAUGAUCAGAGUGCAUCAUUUAAUAAUCAGAGUGCAUUUAAUGAUCAGAAUGCAUUUAAUAAUCAGCACACAUUUAAUGAUCAGCAUGCAUUUAAUUAUCAGCAUGCAUUUAAUAAUCAGAGUGCAUUUAACGAUCAGCAUGCAUGCAUUUAA